AUGCAGCAACAAGCACCAACAGAAUCAUCAUCCGUUCCCGAAAACGCCAACGAACACUGCCCAGGUGUUCAGAGCACGACAGCAGGGAAAACAUCGGCUUGUGCUGGAUGUCCGAAUCAAUCCUUAUGUUCAAGCGGAGCUAUGAAAAACAAUGUUAAUCAAACAGCAAUUGAAACGGAGCAGAUUAAAGAGGCUAUGAAAUCGAUCAAGAGAAAGUUUUUAGUGUUAUCAGGAAAAGGAGGAGUUGGAAAAAGUACAAUAUCGAGUCAAUUAGCGCUCACGCUUGCUCUUACAUUUCAAAAUGAUCAAGAAUCAAUUCCUCAAGUUGGUGUUCUUGAUGUUGACUUGUGUGGUCCUUCCAUUCCGACCAUGUUCGGAUUAGAAGGAUAUCAAUUACACCAAAGUAACCUUGGUUGGAUUCCAGCAUAUUACGAAGAUAACUUAGCAGUUGUGAGCAUUGGAUUCAUGUUACCGAAAAAAGAUGACGCAGUUAUUUGGAGAGGGCCAAAGAAGAAUGGCUUGAUUAAACAAUUUUUGAGAGAUGUUUAUUGGGGUGAUUAUUUGGAUUAUUUGAUCAUUGAUACACCUCCUGGAACAAGUGAUGAACACAUUACAAUUGUUCAAUAUUUGAAGAAUGUUGAUAUAGAUGGAGCAAUUGUUGUCACCACACCGCAAGACGUGAGCUGCAACGAUGUUAGAAGAGAAAUUAACUUUUGUAAAAAGGUUAAUAUUCCGAUUAUUGGUAUUAUUGAAAACAUGAGCGGAUUUGUCUGUCCUCAUUGUUCAAACAAGACCAUGAUCUUUAAACCUACAAGUGGAGGAGGAGAGCAAUUGGCAAAAGAUUACAACAUUCCUUUUUUAGGAAGCAUUCCUUUGGAUCCUGUAGUAAUGCAGGCAUGUGAAACAGGAAAAAGUAUCGUUCGAGAUCAUCCUGAGUCUCCUGCUUCACAAGCCAUGAAAGAAAUUGUUCAAAAGAUUGUAGAUCACAAAAGUUCCGUACAUUAUUAA